AUGCCGUCUUCUGAUCGACGAAGAGACGACCGUGAUCGCGACCGAGACCGGGAUCGAAGAAGGGAUGACCGAGAUAGGGAUCGAGACAGAAAACGAGACACAAGAGACAGGGAUAGAGACAGAGAUCGGAAAAGGGAAAAGAGCCGCGACCGGGAUCGAGACCGCGAUCGAGAUAAAAGAAGAGAUGAUCGCCGCAGAAGCCGUAGCCGCGAUCGCAAAACUGAAUCCUCUUCCGCUCCUCCUGCCCAGCGUUCUCGAUCGCGUUCGCCGCCAAUGACUGCCGCUCGUCUCGCUGAACUGGCACGUGGCCCUGAAGGCGGUGGUGGAGGCUUUUUCGUACGCGGUGGAGUCCAACAAUCGACGCUCAAAAAGUCCGAUAAUGUCGACGAUCACGUCUUUAUGCCUGGCGAGAAAGUCAACAUUGCCUACGUCGAGGAGAAGCAUGAAGAAGGCGACGAUGAUGCCGGAACUGCUCAGGAUCGCGAACUUCGCGAUGCUCAGCGUGCACAAGCAGGCGACGACUAUCAGAAGAAGAUGUAUGACGCGGCGACAAAGUUCUACGGAACUAAGGAGCGAAUGGAAUUGAAAAUGACGGCGAAUCGGUUGGGCAUGCAAUCUGGCUUCAAACCUGGCGGAGGAAUCAGAGCUAACGAAAUCAAAGGCUUCCUGAACAUUUGGUGCAACCAGCGACGACUCAAGCCAGAAUACGAGUUCAUCGAACGGGGAAAGCCGCCCAAAGGAACCUUUAUUUGCAAGCUGAAAAUUGAAAGCUUUGACUACAUCUCUGAAUGCGAAGCGAGGACGAAGAGAGAAGCUCAAGCCGAUGCAGCCUGGGACUACGCACUCAAGCUGGUUUCAAUGGGUUAUUGUUCCAAAGCUGAUCUGCCGAAUAAGACCAUGGCGACUGUUAAUAAUCAAGGCUGCGUCCCAACCGAGUGGAAAGCCGUUUUAACCGACGACCAUCUGGCUGCUGCUGGAAACUGGACGCCGGACAACUGUCGAAAGCGACUGUCAAUGUUCUGUAACUUCGAAAAAAUCUCAUGCGAAAUUCUCAACACUUCUGUCGGACCAGAUCACGCGAAGAUCGCCAUUGCCGAGUUGAAAUUGACGCUGCGAAAAUAUGGCAAGGAAUUUUACGCGAAAGAGCAGGCGAGGACAAAGAAGCUGGCGAAUUCGCUCGUUGCUUGGUCGAUUAUGAAGCAACUUUACGAAGCGGACAUGAUCGAGGCGUUCGGACAGAGACUGAAGAGAGCCUGUGAAUCGAAAUUUUUGCAGGCGGCUGAGGGAGGACCUGAAGCCGGCUAUGCGAUCGGAAACGACAUCCAAGUAGACACGGGAAUGAACGAAGACACAGGCGAUUGGACCCUGGACACCGCUCGUUCCCGCCUUCACGAGUACUUCGCCGCUCGAGGAAUCGAAGUUGAAUACGCCAUGAAAGAAAUCGGCUUCCCGCCAGAUCGAGUUUACCAGGCGCUUUUGGUGUUCGAAAUCGACGGUCUUCGAUACCGCAGUUUCCAUGAAUGCGACAAUAAAAAGAUGACCCAGAAAAAGACUGCCUUUGAUUUGAUCGUCCAGCUGUAUCAUGACAAGAAGAUAGAGCCAAAUCAUGGACGACGAAACUGGGGAGACGGGCCAAACGGAAACAUCCUUGGCCAAUUCAUGCCAGGAGCAUUUAUGCCGCCGCAAAUGCUCGGACCGAUGCAUGGACCACGAGACAAGGACGAAUUUCUAGUAAAAACGAAGCUCUCCCAAAUCACUCCCAAUCCCAACUUCGCCAACGUCGUCAAUUCAACUCUACUGAUGCUUGAGCGUUUCCUGAAAGAAGUGUCGGAGGAAAUGAUCGCCACAAAACGAGAAGACGAUCAUUGGAAAGACAAGCCGGACGAAGAAGUGCGCGAUUUGAUGGGAGUAAUGCGGGUCGGAGCUUUGAGCGCAAAUACCGUUUUGACGAAUGAAUCGGAAUUCAUGGUGAUUAUGAUGAUGCGAGACAAGCCAACGGCUGGAAUGUUGUGCGAAAUCGCAGCGAGACUCGAUGAAAAAGUGCCGAAAGAUGAGGAGUUUCCGUUCACUGUCACGCCUAAUAUUUUGCGAGGAGGGAUCGAAGUCACGAGGGAUUGCGUGCCUUAUCUGUCCAUUAUGAUCAGCAUUACGAGCGCGAUGUGUAGGGAAGAUGCUUAUGAUGAUGCCAAAGAACUUUUGAAGGUUCGGCCAGAUACUCCUCCCGUCAAAGCAGAGCCACCAGGGGCAGAAACGAAGACAGAAGUCAAAGAAGAAGGAAACGGAGAUAUAAAAACUGAAGGAACAGAUGUUCCUGAAGCCGCUACGGCCGACGAUAAAGCUCCCGCACAGCCAGAGAAUCAGUCUGAAGCCCAAAAAGAGGCUCAUGCAGAAGCUUCUUCCGAGGAAGCUCCUACUCAAGAAGCUCCUGUAGAAAGCGCCUCGGAAACGGUCGAAGAAAAGGCCGAAGAAGCAUCAGCAGAACCUGAGAAAGAAUUACCGCCAUGCUAUAAAGACCUGCCCUUUACUCCUGCAGAUGAACCCGCGCCAGAAAAGCCAGAAGAAGCUAUAGUAAAUGCCGAAGAAGUGAAGCAAGAACAAGUCGAAAAUGGGGCGACGGAAGAGGUGGAAAAGAUGGAAGUAGAUGGCGAAAAAGAGGAAGCAGCAGAAGGAGCUGCGGAUUCAACUGCAGAAGAUGGUGAAAUACCGGACUCGCCAACGCCGGAUUCGAAGCCAGGAUCGGCUAAAGGAAGUCGUCCACAAACUCCGACGCAAGAUGAAAAUACUGCUGUUGUGCCUGUGGAAAUAAAAGAAGAGAAAAAGCCAGAGAAGAAAGGGCUUCAUCACUUAAUGACGAACCCUGGCAUGGAGAGAUUAAUCGACAAGGAGCAUUGUUUAGCCGGCCUUGCCGAGCUGCGACGAGCGAAGUGGUUCCAAAGCUGUGCCUGCAAUGUUCCAAGCUGCAUUCCAACGAUUCGUCUCUUCAGAGACCUCUCUCAGCGUGUUCAAACAUGGGGCCUCCUUACCGACUGGCAAUUGCAUUUGCUUAUUCAAAAGAGCUUGGAAUCGUUCCAGCAGCCGAUGCUUCCGUCCGACGCCGUCCGCCGCGUCUUUUGCGCAGUUUCGGGCGGAGUACUCCUCAAGGGUGGACUUGGAAUACGCGACCCUUGCGAGCCAGGAAAUGUCGAUGCCUUUGAAAAUUUGACCGAACAGGAUCGCCACGAUCUAACUGCCAGUGCCCAACAUGCCCUCCGUCUUAUCUGCUUCAAUUAUUUCUACAAAGUACUUGGUCUUCUUCCGCUGCAAUGA